CGUCAUAGUUAGUGAAUCUUACGAUCGAAGUGAAAGAACAGAAUUUCACGUCAGCUGUUGUUUAUCUAGUUUAAUCGUUCUUUAAAAGAAGAGCAAAGAGAUAAUAUUCUUUUAUAACUGUUAAACGAAGACGUCGAACAAUUGCGAAUUCAUUAUUAGUUUGGUAAGUAAUUGCUAAGAUCAAGCAGUGAUGACUGUUACAAGAAUGGGAAAAACCAGUCGGCGGUAUCGCAGUCGAGAAAAUGAUGAAAACUACAAGUAUGGUCAGAAACGAAGACGAGUGGAAAAGUAUGAUGAUUAUUAUGAAGAUACUUAUGGACCCAAACGAUGCAAUGAUUCCUAUUCAUGUGAAAAGCAUAGCUACAGCUCCCAAAGUGGCAAGCACUACCAAAGCAGCUACAAUGAUGGAUACUACAGUCGUGAUUCAAGCAGGACUUUAAACUCCCGUCAGAAGAAUGAGGACUCCAGAGAUCGACAUGACUAUUCUGGCAGCAGUCGGAGACGGAGAAGUCGACAUAGAAAACAUAAGUCUCGGUCUUCUCAUUCGAGAGAUCGUCAUAGAAACAAGAAUGGUGGCAGGGCAAAGAGCGUGGAAGAUGACGAGGAGGGUCAUCUGAUUUAUCGUCAUGGCGACUGUCUUCAAGCGAGAUAUGAAAUCCUGUCUACGCUUGGAGAAGGCACUUUCGGAAAGGUUCUGCUCUGCCUUGAUCACCAAAGGGGUGGUAAGAAAGUGGCUUUAAAGGUGAUCAAAAAUAUUGAGAAGUAUCGCGAUGCUGCUUUUCUGGAGAUAAAUGUUCUUAAAAAGCUUCAAGAAAAGGAUCCUGUUGGAAAAUACCUCUGUGUAACCAUGUUGGAUUGGUUCAACUACCAUGGUCAUAUCUGCCUGGCAUUUGAACUGCUUGGUUUAAGUACCUAUGACUUUCAGAAGGACAAUCACUACAUUCCAUAUCCCCUGGACCAAGUGCGACACAUGGCCUUUCAAUUAGUAUGGGCUGUAAAAUUUCUCCAUGACAAUCAUAUCACACACACUGAUCUGAAACCUGAGAAUAUUCUUUUCCGUGAUUCUUUAUGUGAGUUGCGUUACAAUCCAUCCAAGCGAAGAGAUGAAAGGCAGUUGGUCAGUUCCGAUAUCCGAUUGAUUGAUUUCGGGUCAGCCACCUUUGACAAUGAGCAUCAUAGUACAGUUGUAUCUACCCGACACUACAGGGCACCUGAAGUUGUAUUAGAACUUGGUUGGAACCAAUCCUGUGACGUGUGGUCUAUUGGUUGUAUUAUAUUUGAGUUCUACAUGGGAAUUACCAUGUUCCAAACUCAUGAUAAUCGAGAGCAUCUAGCAAUGAUGGAGCGUAUUCUUGGUCCUAUUCCAAGUCGCAUGAUUAAAAAAUCCCGUAAACAGAAGUAUUUCUAUCACAACCGUCUCGAUUGGGACGAACAUUCUUCUGGUGGAAAAUAUGUGAGAGAAAACUGCAAACCUAUAAUGAGGUAUAUUCAACGUAAAGAUCACCCGGAGCACAUGAAGUUAAUUGAUUUAAUCGCACGAAUGCUGGAGUAUGAUCCAACUAAACGUAUUUCACUUGCUGAAGCAAUCAACCAUUCAUUCUUUGAUGAACUACCCCAUGAAAAACGUUUCCCAAAUAAUCACACCAACCAAUCAUCUUAUGAAACAAAUACUCGGUGUUUACGAUCUGCUGGUCGUUGAUAUUGAUUAUUUUUUUUCUUUUUUGCUGCUAGUUAAAGUGUUGCGUUGCAGGGCAAGCGGUUUUUGGUGAUUGGGGCAACAUUGGUCCCGGUUGUGGCAUGUUGCUGCGACGCACUGUAAUGCGUUCCAGUGGAAAUUACUGUACAGUAUAUGGGUUGACUUUCUUUAAUAAAAGUUUGAAUAAUAUAAAUGAA